AUGGGUCGUUGUGUUUGACAGAUAUCGCUGACGGAGGGGCGGAGCAUUUCGCCAAGACCGUCUCCAACCUGAAGGAGAGGAACUCCCAGAUCAUGGUGGAAUGCCUGACCCCUGAUUUCCGAGGUGAUCUGGCAGCGGUGGAGAAGAUCGCCCAAUCAGGGCUGGACGUUUACGCCCACAAUGUGGAGACCGUCCGCGAGCUGCAGAGACACGUCCGUGAUCCGCGGGCGAACAUCGACCAAUCCCUGAAUGUCCUGCGUCACGCCAAGGCCGUCAAACCAGACAUUCUCACCAAGACCUCCAUCAUGUUGGGUCUGGGAGAGACGGACCGGCAGAUUUAUAACACACUGACCGAGCUGAGAGAGGCAGGAGUGGAUUGUCUAACACUGGGACAGUACAUGCAGCCCACCAAACGCCACCUCAAGGUGGAGGAGUAUGUGACUCCAGAGAGGUUUGUCCACUGGGAGGAGGUGGGGAAGGAGAUGGGAUUCGUCUACACGGCCAGCGGACCCUUAGUGCGCUCCUCAUACAAAGCAGGUGAGUUCUUCCUGAAGAAUCUGUUAGAGAAGAGGAAGGCAGCGUCAGAAUAGCCUGAUCACCUGGACUCCCCUUUACCUGAAGUCUCCUCCUUCCUGUCUCCCUCCAGAAAGCUACUCCAGAUACACUGUAUUACAGUAUAAUAUACUACACUGUAUUACAGUAUAAUAUACUACACUAUCUACAAUAUAAAGUUCUCCAAUCCAGAAUAUGAGCUACUACAGGACUCUGUUCAUGUCUCGUUCUGUACAUUAUAACCAGUGAUGUAGUGGGGGGUAAAUACCUGGGAAGACAAAGGGGGUAAUUACCUGGGAAGACAAAGGGGGUAAUUACCUGGGAAGACAAAGGG